GCCAUCGUGGUUCACCAUGGCACCUCUUGCAUGCUCCAUGUGCUCCUUGAUCCUGCUGCCAUUGCUGCUGGCAGUGGCUCCGUGCCCGGCUCAGGCUGGGAAGCCCUUUGGACACCCCUGCAGCUCCCCAUGGCAGGGGCUGCUGGACUGUCGCCACGCCGGGCUGGCCACUGUGCCCCCGGCCACCAGCACACAGCCCCUGGACAUGCUGGAUUUCACUGGCAACUCUAUUUCGACCUUGGGACCGCAAACAUGGGAGGAAUACCAGUGGACUGAGACCUUGAUCCUCAAGGACAACGAGCUGCAGGCAGUGAAGAGCCAUUCCCUGGAAGGGCUGUUCCUGCUGAAGCACCUGGAUUUGUCUGGCAAUAACAUCAAGUCCAUUGAGGAACGUGCCUUUGAGCCACUGCCUUUUCUGGAACAUCUAAACCUGUCUGGGAAUCAGCUCACCCAGAUCCCCAGUGGUGCUUUCGAGGCCUGGCAUGGGAUGCAGUUUCUGCAGGAGCUGAUCCUGAGCCAUAACCCCCUGACCCUUAUUGCUGACACAGCGUUCUUCAAGCUGCCUUCGGUCAGCUAUCUGGACCUGAGUGCAACGCAAGUGUCUGCACAGACGCUGCUCCUGCUCCUGCAGACAGCGUCCCACCUGGAGACACUCAAAGUGCCCCGUGCCGUGUCCUGCUGCCUCUGCAAGGAACGUGGCACCGUCGAGACCCCGUGCAGGACCAUCCAGUUCCUCUGCGAGAACCUGUGCGGCACCAGCACUGCCCAGUGUGGUUCUCUGGCCCAGAAACGCACAGAAAUAAUGGCAGCAGCACAGUCUGGACAACUCAGAAGCAGCUCGGUGCUGUACGUCAAACCCAAGGGCAUUCCCCCAGCACACCACGGAUCCAUAACACUUGCAGUUGCUCGGGAGCAGGCCAGCACCAAGAGUGACCUCGGCAGCCAGGGAGAUUCCCGAGCAGACUCGUAUUCCUCCCAGCACCUCUCCAGCCAGGGAAGGGAAGCCAUCGACGAGCUGCUGGUGAAGCUGCACAACAUUCAGAACAGGGGCUGGACCGGGGAUGUGGACAGCGAACCCAAUUUUCUGGCAGAGCAGCUGGCAGCUGGUCUCCAGAGCCAGCAGCCCCAUGCCCAAAGCACCCUGGCUGUGGCAAACAUUGUCCCACGGCAGCCAGCGCCCGCCAGGCGCAACGUGCAGAAGUUCCCAGCAGUGGAGGGAAAGCAAACCACAGGCUGGGAGCAAAAGCAGCUCGAGUCAGGCUUGAACUGGCCAAUCUUAAGCCGCUGGGAUGUAGCUGGUGGGUCAAACCCCCUGGGUGACAGCUUUGCCUUCGGACAUCACAGUGCAAAGGAAUCAGCAGCUCCCCAAAGGAGCUCUGUCCGGACGUACCAGCGCAGGCAGAGGGACACCGGGUAUCAGCUGCCACACAACCCCCUUUUCUACGAGGUGUCUGGCGACGUGGCGGGAGAGGAAGAGCCCACACCAGGAGAAAGCGAAGGUCUAGACAGAAAGCCAGAGAAUCUCUUGGACCUGUGGCUCAAGAGCCACCCUGAGGACAGCGCUGAAGAAGAGCGUUCCUCUCUCGGGGAAUCCGGGAAGCCAGCGGAGGCAAGGUCCGGGCUUGCCAAGGAGGCAGGAGGCUCCCAGAGCCCCGGCCGUGCUCCAGCUCCAGCAGAGCUCCCAGAGGCCGGGGUUGAGCAUCCCCUGGGCUCGCAGGUGCCGGACGAGGCCCUGCGGACGUUCAUCGCCCGCGUGACAGGAGCCCUGAGCGCCGAGUGCAGCCGGCCCGACCUGCAGCUGCCCUGUGCCAGGAUGGUCUCCAGGGCUGGGCUGCUGGCAAAGAGGCUCAGCCCGAGGCAGGACAGCCAGGAAAUCUCUGCUCUCACACGGCAGUGUCUGCGCCUGGCCUUGGAGAUGGGCAAGGAGUCCGCAGGAAAGCAGAAUGCAGGGCUCAACCACUCCGCAACCAUAGUCACCAGGCUAUUGGUGUUUGUUGUCAUCAUGAUCUUCGCCAUCAUCUUCGUCCUCAUCAUGAUCAUGUUAUAUUUAGUCCAAACUCACUGCUGGGAAAGUCCUGAGGAUGUUUGGGAGGACACUGUGAAAUCCCCUCUGAGCAGAUUCCUUGAGAAGCUGCGAUGCGGAGAACUCAGGGACAUGCUCAGCUGUGCGUUUGGCGGAGAGGGCGAAGAGCGGGCGAGGAACGUGCGCCAGGGCCGCCCCUCUGCCUGCUGUCCCUUAGCUCUCCAGAGCGUUCCCGACGCCGGUGGUCCCACACAGGGCCCCGGUGAAUUCCAAAAGUUUGAGGAGAAGGUGAUGCUCCUCAUGGAGGAGGACGCCCGGGCGCUCCGGCUGUACGACUGGCACAGGCAGAGACGGGACGAUGCAGAAGCCGAAGCGGCGUCGGAGAAUACGUUAGCAGGAAUGCUCAAUUAAAACAAAAGGAUGGCUGUGGAGGAAUACACCCAGAGUACUAUAAUAACCAUUUCAUAAUUCCAAAUGGGUACAUAAUUUGUGGCAUGAGCAGGGCCUGUUUAAAACCCUGCCUGAGGCGAAGGUUCAUUUCCAAGUGCACUGUUUACAGAGCUCCUUGUAAGCCCUGGAGAUGGCACCAGCUGCUCCCCCCUCAGCCUGUGUUUGCUCGUCAUGAUUAGAUGUGGCAGGAUGGUUUUUCCAACCAGAUCAGUCACCUGGUGUUUCUGAAACAUCCCCCUGUGCUGGCCAGACCUCCCUGCUGAAAACAGCUCAGGAGCUGAGCAGCUCGUCCAAAAAAGGGAGUUCCUCCUGCACAGAUGACCUCUUGGCUUUGCUCCACAUCAGCACUAAAAUGAAAUCCAAACCACAUCUUACCGGGUGACCAAAGGCUCAGAGUUAAAAAUUGCGACUCAUAUAUUUUUAAGCGCAUUAAUAACGCUACAUUUACCCUUCUGGAUUCAGACAAGUUGCCUUUUUUUCCUCCCUGGCUUGGCAAUGAACUGUUCAAGAUGUGUCUUUUCUCCACACGGAGGAACAACGUAGACGAGAUGAACCGAGAGGGAAAAUUCAGCCUAAAAAAAUGUGGAUGAUUCUAGGAGCUGUUCAGCCAGUGAGAUAUCCUAAAUAUCUUGGUUUGUUGCACAGAGAGGGCUGUCCACAA